AUGUGCUGGCACUGCGUGCACGGCUGGCUCGCUGCCCUGGCCCUGCUGUGGACCCUGGUGCUGUGCCGCGGCCUGCGCCGCCCCGUGCCCCAUCCGCAUGUGCCGUGCUACAGCGCCGGUGACCUGCGCGACGGCGAAGCCCCCGCUCCGCUGCUGGCCCGCAGCCUGCGCUGGGACCACUACGUCCCGGUGCAGUUGGUACCGCAGCUCGAGCGCCUGCAGGACAGCCCCGGCCACCGGCGGCACCGCCGGCACGGGGAGCACGCCUGCCCCGCGCUGCAGCUGCGCACCGGGCUGCACAGCGAGCCCCACGAGCGCUCCAUCUCCCCGUGGAGAUACCGCAUCGAUGAGGACGAGGACCGGUACCCGCGCAAGCUGGCCUUCGCUGAGUGCCUCUGCAGUGGCUGCGUGGACGUCAAGACGGGCCGGGAGACGACGUCGCUCAACUCGGUGCCCAUCCACCAGACCAUGAUGGUGCUGCGGCGCAAGCCCUGCCCGCGUCCCGCCGGCCCCGGCCUGGUCACCUUCGAGGUGGACUACAUCAGGGUGCCUGUGGGCUGUACAUGUGUCCUGCCCCGCACCGGGCGCUGAGCAUCGCCACCCCCAAGCUCCCGUGGAGCCCCAUAGCGUGACCGUGUCACCGCAUCCACCCUGACCCGUGCUUGUUUUAGA